AUGAACAUCAUCUUCCACAUACAGAUGUCCACGUCGACUGGAAUCAGCUCAUACACGAUCGGCUUUGAAACAGCACACUCAAACGGCUGUCAACAGUCGAAUACCCCGUGUACUCUAGGCGUCUAUGAGAACUUGACCUCGUCAACGCCAAAAUGGGUGUCCAAUGACUAUGGAAACGGUGUGAUCGAUCAUGGAUACGGGUCCUAUAUCAACGAUACUCUCAGCUACACUUUAUCCGGAAACGGUACCAGAGAUCCCCCAAUAGUUCUUCCGAAUUUCCAAGUCGGCACGCUCGACACAUUCUACGCCAGCUUCGUUUUACCAGCGCCCACAGGCUGGUUUCUUAGGGCUCGGUCAACCCUGUAUGAGCGAGACGUGAUACCUCGAUGCGCACUCAGCAUCUACCUCGGAAAGGACGAGCCGCUGGUCGAUUACGCGCUGUUGGUGAUCAAUGGACAGGAUAUUGCAAAGCAAGCAUCUGCUCCGUUCACGGUGCCAAUGGUCUCGCCCCAGGACAUGAACUCGGCUGGAGCAGUGCCUUCACUGUUCUACGUCAAUGUGACGAGUUUUACCCUGAUAUUUUCUGUAGCCAAUGCAACAACGGCAUCUGAGACUCUUCGGCCAACUGUCGACAACAACUCAGACAUUCAAACUCGCUCCGACCGAUCAGUAAGCCAAUAUUUCCAUAUCUCGACGAAUAGCUCCAACAGCGAUCCGUAUACUGUCGAGUGUGACUUUGAAAAUGUCGACCUGAAGGAGAACAAAAUCAAUGUCUACUUCAACCCCGGCCGAGACCUUGUGAGCAUUCCGCUGGCAAGUCUGGUCUCGACAUUUGGUCCCGAUAAAUGUGCUGUUUGGCUCGACGGUGGUGGCAACCUUCAUCCGGCAGAUUUGGGUGCUGUUUGA